AUGGAGAUCUACCACAAAGAUGGCACGUUCCCCCGGUACUGCGAGGCGGCACGGAAAUCGAUCGACGCCAAUCGGUUCAACGAGUUCGCCCAGCUGGCCAGCAACGAGGAGCGGUUCCGGUUUGUCAACGGCUUGCGGUCCAUCAUCGACGAGCUGCAGCUGAAGCGUGAAUUCAACGGAAAAUGUAUGGAGCAGGCGAUCGUGUUCAAGACGCUGGGCAACAAGGCGUUCCAGGCAGAACGGUGGAACGAAUCGCUCGUGUUCUACAACAAGUGCUAUCUGUCCACGCCGAAGGCAAACGUCCAAGAAAAGUCGAUCAUAUUGGCAAACCGGAGUGCCGCGUUGUACCAUCUGGAGAAGUAUGAUCUCGCACUCAGAGACAUUCAAAGGGCCCUCAACCAUCAGUAUCCCAAGCAGAUGAUGUACAAGCUGACCGAGCGGAAGGCACGUUGUUUUUUGGCAAAAAAGGAUUACGAGGCGGCAUUGGAUAGCUUUAAGGCCACAGUUACAGCACUGGACGAGUCGACGCUUCCCCUGGAGCGUCGUCAAAAACUGGAACGUGACGCUCAAAUCAUGAUCAACCUGCUGCCGAAGAACAUCGAGAUGGAGCAGAAGAUGAAGAAAAAGCCUUCUUCGAAACCGAAGGCUCCGGCCAGCCAGCCAACGAAGGUCCCGGAACACUUUGUCGAUAAGGCCCUCUGGUUCGACUAUACGCAAGAUGAAGGACGUUUCGCGCGCACCAAAAGUGAUCUGAAGCCGAACACAAUUCUUCUACUGGAGCGUCCGCAUGUGGCGGCCCUGCUGGAGGACUACAGUUUGGAUCAUUGCACGCACUGCUUUAGGCGCGUAUCGGUACCGAUCGCAUGCCCGCUGUGCUCGGAUGUGAUCUUCUGCUCGGACGAGUGUGAGGCCAAAGCGAACGGAUCGUAUCAUCGGUACGAGUGUGGCUUUCUGCCCAUCCUGUGGGGCUCCGGUGCGUCCAUCACGUGCCACAUGGCGCUGCGCAUGAUCACACAAAAGUCCGGAGACUACUUUGCAAAGAUCAAACCGGAACUGGCUGCGCUGACAAACGAGCAGAUCGAUCAAUUGCCGAUCGAUGAUUACCGCAAGGUGUACAAGUUGGUCACCCACGAGUCCGAGCGUACUCCGGAGGAUCUGUUCCAGCGCACGCUGAUGGCGACGAUGCUGAACACGUGUCUCACACUCGGAGGAUACAGUGGGUUAAAUUCGGAGACGCAGAACUACAUCGGUGGCCUGCUACUGCACAAUCUGCAGCUACUGCAGUACAACGCCCACGAGGUGUCCGAAAUGAUCCGCGAUAGAGAAGAAGACGAUGGACAGUCCACAUUUAUCGGCGGUGGACUGUAUCCGACACUGGCGCUUUUCAAUCACUCGUGCGACCCAGGCGUAACACGCUACUAUCGCGGGAAUCAGGUGUGCGUGCGGACGGUCAAAAACAUCCCGGCCGACUCGAUGGUGGCCGAAAACUAUGGUCCACUGUUCACGCAGGUGCGUCGCGAAGAACGCCACCAAACGCUGCUCAAACAGUACCGGUUCACGUGCCAGUGUGAACCGUGUCUGCAGAAUUGGCCCCUGUUUUCCGAGAUGGACCCGAACGUGAUUCGGUUCCGCUGCGAUGGUGGGAAGAUAUGUUCGAACGUGCUGAAUAUACCGGCCGAGAUAAACGAUUUCAUGGUGAAGUGCACGGAGUGUGGCGAGCAUACGAACAUCAUGAAGGGUUUGAAGAUGCUCCAGGAUACGGAUAUGUUGUUCAAAUCGGCUACACGGUUGCAUGCGGCAGGGGAGUAUGAGACCGCGCUGCUUAAGUACAUGGAGAUGAUGGCAACGAUGAACGAGGUGUUGGUUCCGCCGUACCGAGACUACCACCUGUGUCAACAAGGAUUACGGGCCUGUAUGCUGGAGUUUGGUAAUCGGUACACUAGAGCAAUAGCAAAAAAGUGAAGAAAUCAAGAUGCCCCCUGAUAAAGACACUCUGCUCGACGCAUUGAUUUGUGAAAUC